AUGCUAUCAUUUGCAGUUCAACGUCAACGAAUAGUAGACGUUCGAUUAACAGAUGAAACCAAUACACAAGCUCAAACAGAAUUAGCAUCCAUUAAAAAUCAAAUGUUAAAUAAAUUCGACUAUUUACCAGAUACAGGCAAUGGUGAAUUUAAAUUUAUUCAAAGUGAAUGUCGAGUUCGAUGGACAGAUGGUAAAAAAUUCAUCUAUCCAGCUAAUACAAUUUAUCCACGGCCAUCAUUUUUAUUACCAAUAUCAAAAUUAUUACAAUAUGCAUAUGUUCAACAACAAGAUGAUGAUAAUACAGAAGCAAAAGGACUUUGGAAUUUAUUAUUACAAACAAUUUAUCAAACAUUUACAAGGCAUUUGGAAAAUUCAACAUCAAAUCUUGAUUUAGCAAAUAGUGAUGUAAAAUAUUUUUUUGUCUAUUUUUGGGCUUCUGAAGACGAACAGAUACGAGAGACAGGAGCAAAACUUAUUACGACAUUUAUCAAGGAAUUACCUAUUUCAACGGAUGAAAACCUUACACCGUUAUUAUCAUGUUCAAUUAUUGAAAAAUUUUUUCAAUCUAUGAUUAAUAAUGAAAAACAUUCCAUUAAGGAAAGUUUAUUUAAUGAAUGUUUGCAGCCAUCAUUGAAUUGGUCAAUUGGUGAUUUAUGUUCACUAUUGACGACAUUAGCUAUGAAUCUAAGCGAAAUUUCAGCAUUACGAAAUGAAAAUCUCGAUUCUCGUCAUGUAUGGUAUCAAUUCUUUGUUAGUUUAAUGAAUUGUAAUCUUGAUCGACUCUCAUCAUCAAUAAUAAAAAUGAAUCCGAAUUUUAUCGAACUUUGUCGACAAAUUCAAACAUCAUUAUUCAAACGAUUAUUUCAACCAACAAUAGAAAAUUCAUUUCAAAUUUUAAAAUUUAUGAUUAAAAAUUGUACAAAAGAUUGGAUUAAAAUUCUAUUAGAAAUUAUCGAUCAACAAAUUGAAGACAAUCACGUACGAGAAAAUAUACAUGAGUUAUUGAAGGACUCUCUCGAUUAUAGACAAUUGUCAAGAUUAUUUAAUUUUGUACUUCGAUCAAAAGAACAAGUUUUAAUUAAAUAUUGGUUCAAACAAUUAUUGACACUGGUGUUAUUAACAAAUGAUAAUUUAAAUGAAGAAGAAAUUCUUAAAUAUACUUCAUCCAAUGAUGAUGAACAAUCAUCAUUUAAUCUACAACCAUCAUCUAUAAUGAAACUCAUUGGCAUGUACACUUAUGAACUUAUUGAAUUAUUACAUGAAAAAUUCGAUCAUGCAAUGAAUUUAAUUUCGUUAUCAACAUUUACUUUUCUUUCAGCAUACAUUCAACAAUCUUUACCUAUUUGUAUUCAAUGUCUAUUACAUAAAAAUUCUCGUAUACGUGUAUCAAUCGCUCGCUUAGUUGGUCGUGCAUUAAAUAUGCAAUCAGAUGAUCUUACAAAACUUUUACAGAGUUUACAAGAUUCAAAUACUGAAGAUAUCAAUAUGACAACUGUAACAACAUUAAACUUAUUUAAUGAACAACAACGAUCAAUUACAAAAAUGCAAAUUGCGCCAGUACAUCUUUUAGAACGUGAAAAAAAACGUUCGAAAUCUCAAAUACCUUUUCGUACGAUUAAACGAUCGGAUUUUGAAACAUUAUCUAAGCAUUUGAAAUCAUUAACUAAUUUUGAUGAUAGUUCAAAAACUGAUACAACUAAUUUAGAUACAGUAAAAAUUUAA